AUGCGCAACUACGGUCCUCAACCUACCUACAAGGCAUACAUCUCUCCCUACGGUCCCAAGACCAAGCACGUCCCCAACUUCUGGGGCCUGAGUGCGCCCAAAGCCGUCCGAUACGGUUCUAUUGCUGCUGGCUUCGGUGUCUCCGCUGGCAUCUUCGCAAUCUACUUCUUCAACGAGAUUCCCCGCGUGCGAAAAGACAUUCUACAGAAAGUCCCCAUCAUUGGCCCUUAUUUCAUCCGCGAGAUCCCUCCCGAGGACAACCCAUUCUAA